AUGGAGGUCUGCAUCACGCUAUUUCCUACGUCAGCAGACGGCUUGCCCUUUACUCUGACGUUCGGCUCACGUUCUUUUCUAAAACCAGACUGCCACCUGUGCGAGAACGCUAUGGAGGUCAUCGAUGACGUUCUCCAAUCCAAAGAGCUGGUCAAUGAAAAGAUCCCAAUGUCUGUCGUCAACAUCAAUAAGGACCAACGGUGGUGGAAGGAAUACUGUUUCGAUAUCCCAGUACUGCAUAUAGAGGAUACGAGCACGGCCCCAAGGAAACUCACCAAGAUAAUGCAUUUCUUCAAAGAAGAAGAACUCUUAGAGGCGCUACAGCAGUUCAAAGAUUGA